CCCGGAAGUGGGGGCCUCCCUGUCGUACAGAGCCGGCUACACCCGGGCCCCGGCGCCGCGGGGCCUAGCGGUGGCUGGGCCCUCAGGCUGGUUCAUGGGGACGGCUCAAGCCAGCGAGGGCUCCUGAUUGGGCAGUGGCGGGGGCCAUGGAGCCCAACUGGGCGGCGAGCGACCAGAUUGGGCCGGGAGCCGCUGAGACCAAGAUUCAUUUCAAGGUCACCCGGUUCAUCAUGGAGGCAGGGGUGAAGCUGGGCCUGCGAUCCAUCCCUGUGGCCACGGCCUGCACCAUCUACCACAGUUUCUUCACGGCCACGGUGGCCCCGGGGCCCUACGACCCCUACCUGGUGGCCAUGGCUGCACUGUACCUGGCCGGGAAGGUGGAGGAGCAGCACCUACGCACCCGGGACAUCAUCAACGUCAGCCACCGGUACUUACACCCCCAGAGCGACCCCCUGGAACUCGACUCCCAUUUCUGGGAGCUGCGGGACAGCAUCGUCCAGUGCGAGCUGCUCAUGCUGCGGGUGCUUGGCUUCCACGUCUCCUUCCGGCACCCCCACAAGUACCUGCUCCAUUACCUGCUCUCCCUGAGGCAGUGGAUGAACCGGCACAGCUGGGAGCGGACCCCUGUCUCGGCGGCAGCCUGGGCACUGCUCCGGGACAGCUACCACGGUGGGCUGUGUGUGCGCUACCCCCCUCAGCACGUGGCGGUGGCCGUGCUGUACCUCGCUCUGCACUGCUAUGGGGUGGAGGUGCCUGCCCAUGCACAGGCCCAGAGACCCUGGUGGCAGGUGUUCAGUGAAGAUCUCAGCCAGACUCAGAUUGACCAGAUCGUAUUGGACCUGAUCCAGAUUUACACAUUGGAUGCGGAAAUCUCCUAAUGGGGUCCAGACAGCGACCCAGUGCUGGGGAGGGCACAGGCCCCACUCCCAUCCCCCCCGAUCCAACCAGUCCCUGCCCUGGGGCUGGAUGGGCACCAGUGCCCCUAGAGGGGAAAGACUCCAGGCCCCAUUCCCGCCCCCGUAAGCCAGCCAGUCUCCGCCCUGGAGCCAGAUCGGAGCUGGCGCCCCCUAGAGGGGACAGGCCCCAUGUCCCAUUCCCCAGCCCCCAAGCCAGCCACUCCUUGCCCUGGGCCAGAUGGGAGCUGGCACCCCCUAGAGGGGAUAGGCCCCGGGCCCCAUUCCCACCCCCAUAAGCCAGGCACUCUCCGCCCUGGGGCCAGAUUGGAGCCGGUGCCCCUAGAGGGGACAGGCCCCAUGUCCCAUUCCCCAGCCCCCAAGCCAGCCA